UCAUUUACCUCAUCAAAGCUUCGCAAAUUCCGAAGUUCAAGUUCUUUGUACAGGAAACCGCACGAAGACAAUUCCAGAUAAGCCGCUUGUGGGAAAAAACUCGGCUGAAACAGCGUCCAUGAGCUGAUACGAUGAAAAUUGAAGAUUGAAGAUCAAUUAACAAUCACUACCGCUGGUAAGACCAGUACUGUUGUUUGAUUCGUUCUUUUAGUUCUUAUUCGGGUUUGUCCAUAUGUUUUCCCACUUGCUAUUCGCAUGUGUUGGUUUUGUUUUGGGUUUCUUGUAGUCUGUCGAUCGAAGUGAAACACUAGAACUGAUCAGUGUUGCUGGGAGAACUUUGUUUAUAAUUCUUUGUUUUUGUCAAAUUUGUGUUUUGAGGAGAUGAUGCAGUCCAAUGUUGGACCUGGGUAUAAUAGUGUUGGAGACACCAAUAGUGGUGAGUUGUUGUUGCGUGACAUUGAGGCAAUAAGUAAAGCCCUUUAUUUGGACAAAAGCCCUCCAAAGGGAUUAGUUCAGCCGUCCCAUGUUCGAUCCAAAUCGGCUGGGAAAACCCGUUUCCAGGAUUCGGAAUCGAACUUCAAGACGAGGUUCACUGGGGAAGAAUUGUUGUGCAAGGACAGGAGACCAUCAAUAUGGAAUUGGAAGCCCUUAAAGGUUUUGACCCAUAUUCGGAACCGUCGGUUUAAUUGUUGUUUCUUUCUCCAUGUCCAUUCAGUUCGGGGAUUGCCACCGAGUUUCAAUGAUUAUAGCUUGUGUGUGCAUUGGAAAAGGAAGGAGGGGUUGCAAACACGCUCGUGUAGGGUUCACCAGGGUUUGGCUGAAUUUGAAGAGACUUUGAUGCAUAGAUGUUCUGUGUAUGGGAGUAGAAGUGCACCCCAUCAGGCUGCGAAGUAUGAGGCCAAGCAUUUCUUGGUCUAUGCUUCUGUAGUUGAGGUUCCAAGGCUUGAAGUUGGGAAGCAUUGGGUUGAUCUUACAAAGUUGCUUCCACGUACUUUUGAGGAGUUAGAGGACGACAAAAGCCUAGGGAAGUGGACUAUGAGCUUCGAGCUCUCAGGCAGAGCUAAAGGAGCAACUCUAAAUGUUAGUUUUGGGUUUUUGGUAGUGGAUGACAAUUCGUUUCAGUUGACCAGAAAUCCAAAUGUUCCUGAGCUUUUAAAUUUAAGCCAAAAUAGGCGGAGUUCAGUGAGAAGGCCUAUUGGAAGAUUCAGUCUUGAUGAUGCUAAUGGCAUGCUUAGGCGGCUUGGGAGUGUCCCAGAUAUCUUGAAUCAUGGGUCUCACAUACUAUCCCAGUCUACAGAUGUGAAGAGCUUUCACAAAAUAUUGCCAGAUCCACAGAUGGGCCUCUCCAGAUCCAUAAAUUUUCUGUAUGAAAAACUCGAUGAGGGGAAGAAGAAUAAUGCAGAAGAGAUUGAUAUGUUUCCUGAGCAAAUGGAGUCCCUAAAACCAAAGCCUCACUCAUUUUCUGACUCUACAAUAUCAUUUAUCGAAAAUGAUGCUGACUUUACGAUAAUUGACCAGGGGAUAGAAUUUUCCACAGAAGAACCAUUGAAAUUUAAAGAGGGUGCUGUUCAGAUUUUUGAUGGUGCUGCAGUAGAAACAAUUCACGUGGAUGAGAUCAUUAAUGGUGGUGGAGUUGCUGUUGACAGUGAGGCAAAGGGCAACCCGAAGGAUGAGACCCAUGAGAAUUACAAAGAUGAGGUUGUGGUGAAACACUCUGGGUACAGAGAGAAUAACACACAGAUCAAUGCAUCAGCCAUGGCAAACCUAGUGUCAGCUUUUCAAAGCCCACCAAUUUUGGCAUCUGCAGAUUUAGAGGAUGAAUUUCUUCCAAAAGAAGAAAACUUAGAGAUUAAAUCCUGUCUUAAAUCAAGUAAGAUGGUUAAAUCAUGUAGCUUGGAUGAUGUUACUGAUUCUUUGACAGGUGAUUUCUUAAACAUGUGGGGGACAGAGCACAGUCCUUUUGGCUUGAGUUCAGAUGGCGAACCUGACUCUCCCAGAGAGCGUUUAUUGAGACAGUUUGAAAAAGAUGUUGUAGCUUCUGGCAACUUCAUUUUUGAUUUUGAUGCACAGGGAGUGCUGUCAGAAUUUAGUUGUGCUGGUCCACCAGGAUUCCGUUUGGAAGACUUUUCUGAAGAUUUUAACUUUUCAAUGAUUUCUCAAGCUGCUGAGAAGGAUAGAAGGGCAAGUCAGUCUUUGAAAAGUAAAAGGAAUGCCAAAAUGCUUGAAGACUUGGAGACUAAAGCUUUAAUGCUGAAUUGGGGUUUGAAUGAGGAAGCCUUUCAGAGUUCUCCACGUUAUAGCUCUGGUGGAUUUGGAAGUCCAGUCUACCUCCCACCUGAUGAGCCAGGUGAAUUACCUCCACUUGGCGAAGGCCUGGGCCCAUUUGUUUGGGUUAAGAGUGCAGGUUUUUUGCGGUCCAUGAGUCCCUCACUUUUCAGAAAUGCUGAGAAUGGUGGGAACUUGAUAAUCCAGGCUUCUGGUGCAGUUGUGCUACCAGCAGAAAUGGGUUCUGAUGUCAUGGAGGUUAUACAGCAUUUGGCAUUGGUUGGAAUUGGAAAGCUUUCAAUGCAGGUGAAUAAGUUAAUGCCUUUGGAAGAUAUCACUGGGAAGGUGAUUCAACAUGUAGUGCAGGAUGCUGCUUCUAGAUGGGCCAUGCCUGAGAGCCAGGUUAAUUUGCAGUGUGAAUCAGAGGCUGGGCAAGAUUCAUCUGGUGAGGGAAAGAAAGCUGUGCAGUUUCCAUCUGUUCAGAAUUAUGAUGAUCUGAAAUCAAGUUCAACAGGUAGCGAGAUGGGUUUGGAGUAUGUAUCUCUGGAGGAUCUUGCUCCUUUAGCUAUGGAUAAGAUUGAAGUCCUUUCAAUUGAAGGGUUGAGAAUUCAAUCUGGCAUGUCAGCUGAGGAGGCACCUUCAUGCAUCAGGCCCAACUCUGCCGAGGAGACCUUAAUGUUUGAUGGGAAAUGUGCCAAUUUCAAUACAUUCAGUUUGAAAGGUGCGAUAGGUGAUGAACUGUUGGACGUCAAAGAUGGUGGUCAUGAUGCUGAUGGAUUGUUGGAUCUGUCUAUUACAUUGGAUGAGUGGAUGAAGCUGGAUGCAGGAAUUGUUGGUGGAGAUCAUAUUGGUGAGCGAAUUUCGAAGAUCCUUGCUGCUCAUCAUGCUAAGUAUGCAGAUUUGAUUGGUGGAAGGCUUACAAAGGAUGGAAAAUGGGGCAGAGCAUUUGGUGGAAAUUGUGGUCUGAUGGGGAACAGCCUCACAGUAGCUCUUAUGGUACAGCUAAGAGAUCCCUUCCGAAACUAUGAGCCUAUUGGUGCACCAAUGUUUGCUAUAAUUCGAGCAGAAAGGGAUUUUGUCCCUCUGAUGCCAAAAAUAUGCAGUAGCAUGUUGGGAAGAAGCAACCACUGGGAAGGGGAGAACCAAUAUGAGUUGAUGGAAAAGGAGGGAAGUCAAGAGGGAAAUGAGAAAACAGGUAAAGAGGGCAUUCCUCAGUUCAAACUCACUGAAGUGCAUCUUGCUGGUUUAAAUCCUGAGCCUGCCAAGAAGCAGCUGUGGGGUAGCACAACCCAGCAACAGUCUGGGUCCCGCUGGUUGCUAGCUAGCGGCAUGGGUAAGACUAAUAAGCAUGCAUUUUCAAAGUCAAAGGCUAUUGUUAAAUUUUCUUCUCAAGUGAUGACUAAAGUGCUAGCUGAGGAUACAUUUUGGAGCAUCUCUUCUUGUGUCCACAGCACAAGAGCUGAACGGAAAGGGUUCGCUGCACUUAAUUCACACAUACGGAACCCAGACGUUAUCUUUCCAAAUGAAACUAUUAGGUUGCGUGUGUAAUAUGGAAUUUUUGGUUGGUGAUGCACACGCGUACGCACAUGUUGUUAUAAAAAAAGAGUAUACCUGGAGUCACGGCAUCUGUACUGUACAUACCAAGUUAUACUGCAUGCCUGCCUAUAGCAAGGUUUCUAGCCUGCUGGAUUUUUUCCCCCCUGAUCGUAUGUAAUGGAGUUGGUUCUUGGGGCUGCGCAAUAAUAAGAGAUCCAAGUGCUUAUACUUGUAUUUAAACAUGUCAAUUGAUGUGCAUGAAUCUAAUAAAAGGUAAUUUUGAAUUGUGCC